CUAACCCGUGACCGCCACGUGUCCGUUGCUCUCUUCCUUUAUCUUCUCCAACUCUUUACCUAAUUAGAGCCUCUGUAAUCUCCGGUCGCCCACAACUCUCUCUUUCUCGUUCUUCUCUUGUAAAUAUGUAUUCUGCACAGCUGCGUUUAUAGACACAUGCAAAGAUCCGAACUUUCCAGCUGAGAGUUUCCAGUCGCCGACGGCGGCGAAGAUGAUUCAAUCUCCGUUUAGGAUAAGAAAGAUUUUGAAUUGUGAAUAUUGGGAAAGAGGAAAACAUGAAUUUGGGCGCGGCGGAGGACGAAUCCGAGAAAGAAAUUCAUAUUCCAGCCGAUAUUGAUUGGCAAAUGCUCGAUAAAUCAAAAUUCUUCUUCCUUGGUGCCGCGCUCUUUUCAGGAGUAUCAGCUACUUUAUAUCCUGUGGUGGUUUUGAAAACCAGACAACAAGUUUCCCAAUCUCAGGUUUCCAGUAUCAAGACCGCUUUUGGUAUCAUCAGGUAUGAGGGUUUUAGAGCUUUAUAUCGAGGAUUUGGUACUUCUUUGAUGGGUACAAUUCCUGCUAGAGCACUUUACAUGACGGCGCUUGAGGUUACCAAGAGUAAUGUGGGGACUGCUACAAUUCGAUUGGGGUUUCCAGAGGCAACUGCAGCUGCAAUUGCAAAUGCUGCUGCUGGGUUAAGUGCAGCUAUGGCUGCACAACUUGUUUGGACCCCAGUUGAUGUUGUGAGCCAAAGGCUUAUGGUUCAAGGAGGAAAUGCAUCAUCUUGUAAAUAUGCAAACGGAAUUGAUGCGUUUAGGAAAAUUAUACGAACUGAUGGAGCAAAAGGAUUGUAUAGGGGGUUUGGGAUAUCAAUUUUGACAUAUGCACCAUCUAAUGCAGUUUGGUGGGCUUCAUAUUCUAUUGCUCAAAGGAUGGUUUGGGGUGGUAUUGGGUGUUAUUUUUGUAAGAAAGAUGAGGAUGGGAAUGAUAAUGGGGUUAAUGCUUUGAGACCGGAUUCUAAAACUGUAAUGGCAGUUCAGGGAGUCAGUGCAGCCAUGGCAGGUGGUGUUUCAGCUUUAAUUACAAUGCCACUUGAUACAAUCAAGACUAGAUUGCAAGUUUUGGAUGGUGAAGAAAAUGGGAAGCGUGGACCAACUAUUGGUCAAACUGUCAGAAAUUUGGUUAAGGAAGGCGGUUGGAUGGCUUGUUACAGAGGAUUGGGGCCAAGGUGGGCUUCCAUGUCUAUGUCUGCAACAACAAUGAUCACCACCUAUGAGUUUCUGAAACGGCUAUCAGCAAAGAACCAAGAGGUUUUGCAAGGAUAAAAUUGCAGAAAAAAUAAUGUGAAGAAAGAAAUGGAGGUUUUUUCUUUUGUAUCUCUGUUUAAAAUCUUUCCACUUUCUCUAAAUUUAGUUAUGUUCAUCACCUCCUCGCUUUCUUUUCAUUACCCUGCCUGCCUAAAGGAUAUGCUUAAUGUAAAUGCAUGCAGGUUUUCACUAUAUAAAAAAAGUUUUGUUCUUCCUCUGUUUCUCA